AUGGUCAGCAGCUACGUAGCCGGUGACCUCCAUCUUGAAGAGGGCACGAAUCGCCUCAUGACGGGCGCGUACUAUCUCUUCACCACGAGUAGCGCCAAAAUUGUGUAUACUACGAACAAUGUCAACUACAUUUUUAGUACCCAUGCCUACAUUUCAUGCACUUCGCCCGUGCGUGUGGGCGUGCCGCUGCAGUGUACGGCGGAGAACACGAACCGGAGUCAGUUCCGGAUCCCUGGGAGCCUUACGGCGACAUUCCGUCCUCUGUCCCUGACGGCGCCGGGUGACGUGGGUAAUGAGAUCCCAAUGGACUUGAUCCCGGCGGUUCCAGAGUAG